AUGAAUGUGCACCCUCCUUCCCCCAUCACCAACCUGCUCACCCACCAAUCCACAACCCCCACCUCACUUCACAAUGGACCCCACCACCACCACAACCACCACCAACACCAACCCCCCACCGCCGACGACACCACCGACCCCAUCGUCGCCUCCUACGACAUCUACCUCACAGACUCCGAAAUCUCGCGCUACGUCCUGCAAUACCUCGACCGCCCCACGGGCUCCGCCUACGACGACCGCCACGGCCAAAAACCCUCCUCCUUCCGCCUCAAGCCCACCACCGGCCUCGUUGAGGUCGACAUCCCCAUCAACACCCGCGUCAACUACGAUGUCAGCAAGGGUUUGCGCUACGGCGACGCGCUGAAGAAAAGCCGCAGCGCCCGCGAAGGUGGCGCGUACGGCAUGGCGGGGGGGUUUAGUUCGCAGGGCGCGUCGUCCAUGGGCGGGAAGGUUAAGAUGGAGGCUGCGGUUGAUGCGGGCGGGGACAGGCCGGAUGCCGCCUCGUUGCUGAGGGUGCAGACGCUGGGUGGUAGGAUUAAGGGACCAGAGGAUGGGGAUCCGGUUUAUAUGUUGGCUGCCUUCAGAGGUGCGAACUUGCAUCUUUCACCCGUUUCGGCUGUCGUGCAGCUGCAUCCGCAGUUGCAUCAUCUGGAUGCCUUGGAUGAGGUCCCCGUCAAGGGCAAGGGGAAGGCCAGGAAGGAGGGCGAGGAGGACCGUCCCGCUGAAAGUGAGGCCCGCGCUAUCGAUGUCAAGAUCAAGGCCGCGGAGGAUGGCGAGGCGGCUAUGGUUGCGGGCAACCUGGAACUUUUGAAGAAGAUGCAGGAUGAAAAGUGGAAGGAUUAUGAGUGGGUGGAUGCUGAGACCGAGGAAUCGUGGCAGUUGUACGAAAACUACAUGAUGCAUCAGGAGGUCGACGGCCUGCCGCAGCUGGAGUCGGCUAUCAAUAGUGAGGAUUAUCUCGAUCAGAUGAGUGCGCCGCGUAUAGAUCCGGCUCGUCCGGACAUGACGGGUUGGGCGAUGAAACAGAACCGCAGGAAGCAGCGUGAAGGGAAGGGGCGGGCUGCUGAAGGGCAUCCGGUGGAGAAAAAUGCCGUCUUGCGCAUGCGGCUCACCAAGGGGCGCUCGGUGUUCCCCUCUGCAUCCCUGAGACUCCAUUCGCAUUCGACUCGAUCCACUCCUCUCACAAACGCUUCCACCAACACCCCCCAGGAGCGUCCCCGUCGGUCGUCCUUCCAGUCCAGCCGGAGUCUCGCCACCGCAGCGGAUCAAGGCUCUUACGCGUCUCUCGAAACUAGCCCGUAUAGCUCCGAGCAGCAUUUCGACUCGCAAUUGUCUUCUUUCUACUCACCCAUGGCCAACGAAUUCGACACCUCGUCGCUGAUCAUCAUCAAUGAAGCCCUGCAAACGAAACCGAAGUUGUCGCGGAGGGUGAAGGGUUUUGGUGGCGAUGAAGAAGAGAUGCUGGCGAACUUCGACGUGUCUCUUGGACUUCAUCGCUAUGACAGAGCUGCCAGUCUUCUCACUCGGCUAAGAGCGUACUACCCUGCCGCUUCUCCCGUGUAUCUUGCACUCCACAAUCGCUACCUCGAAGAACUUGUCUCGCAUAUGAUUUUAACCAGACAACAUAAUUUGACUCUCCCCAUGCAAAAGUUCUUCGAAGUCAUCAUGCCAAGCUCUGGGGUGGACGCGGACGCGACAACCUACGCAAUCAUGAUCAGGAUGGCACUCCGUAUGUUUCACGGCACGAAACGCGAUCGAUGCGUGCGCCGAUACUGGGAAUUUACAAAGAACGCUUCUCUUGAAGAGGAAGUUCUGGCGACUCCUGUUUUGUCAGAAUUGGAAAUCGGUGAACUUUCAGAGAUCUGCUCAUCGGACAUUCAACGCGUUGCAAUGGGUCCUAUGGAAGUGGACACUGCGCCGGAAACCCACACUGCAGCCCCUUCCGAGCAUAUCAAUGUCAAAUCCGUUGAACAAAAGGGCUUGGGACUUUCGUCUCUGAAAGAAUCACUCUCGCUUUUUUCCACCCCGGGCAGAGUUGCCAUCCCCGUCGAUGCUGACGUUGAUGCGGAGAGUCGAGAACAAUACAACGUUACCAGGCAGCGGCAUCUUGAGGCUGACUCCAUACAAGCAGCGCUGAAACGCUGGCGACAAGAGGCCGCUGACAGGCAAAAAACUGCUUCUGGUAGCGAUAGGCGCUUGGGCGGUCUUGUAAACCAGUGGCACUCUGAUGUGGUGACCAGGAUCAACGAAGAACUCGAGCUUGUUAAACAGGCGGAAGUUAAACCUCGGGAUAUACAAGACACAGAGCGUGUUGGUUAUGGUAUCUUUCUGCGCUCUAUUAGCACAGAUAAGCUCGCCGCCCUCACUAUUCUUACCGUCAUGUCUGCAUUCGGUCGGGGAGGUAUGGAGGGAGGACUGAAGCUAUCUUCUAUCGCUUCUAGCAUCGGAUCCGAGCUUCAUGACGAGUAUCUGGCGGAACGGUUCCUCCAACAGGAGUCAGCAGCAGAAGCUCCGCGGAUGAAGGCUGUCAAGCAAACUAUCUCCCUUCGCAAGCAGAGUGAUGGACGCGCACAGUGGCGCACGAUUGCUCGCAAUCUUGAGAAGAGCGAUCCCACCGUUGUCUGGUCACCCCGUGUGAAGGCGAAGGUCGGUGCUGCCUUGAUGAGCUUUCUUUUUGAAGUGGCCAAAGCGCCUGUCAAGGUGGACAAUGCAGGAGAGACGAAAACGGAGAUGCAGCCUGCGUUCCAGCAUUCCUAUCAAAUCCAUUGGGGAAGGCGUUCGGGGUACCUUCAUCUUCAUCCUGCAAUUGUCAAGAUUAUCACCAAGGAGCCGGCAUCUGAUCUCUUGGGUCGCCACCUUCCCAUGCUGUGCAAGCCGAAGUCAUGGAAAGGCAUGAACGACGGCGGGUAUCAUGUUUAUAAGAGCCACCUCAUCCGUACGACCCCGGGCGAAACGUUGCAGCCCACCUAUGUCAAAGCGGCGCUUCAGGACAACGGAUUGGAUCAAGUCCGUCAAGGUCUGGAUAUUCUCGGAAGUACGGGGUGGGUUAUCAAUCGGGAUGUCUUCGAUAUCAUGCUGGAAGCUUGGAAUUCCGGAGAACCUAUCGCCUCACUCGCUCCCCAGGAACCCAACCUAAAUUACCCCCCUAAACCGUCCCCAGAGGAGGGCUUCGAGGCUGAGAGGAAAUGGGAUAACGAGAUGCGGGACCUCGAGAACCUGAGAGCCGGGUUCCACUCCCAGCGGUGUUUCCAAAACUUCCAGAUGGAGGUCGCCCGAUCGUAUCUCGAUGAGACGUUCUAUCUCCCCCACAACUUGGAUUUCCGUGGACGCGCCUAUCCUCUCCCCCCCUAUCUGAACCAGAUGGGUGCGGACAAUGCCAGAGGACUUCUCCUCUUCAGCGAAGCCAAGCCUCUUGGCGCCACUGGCCUGAGAUGGUUGAAGGUACAAAUCGCCAACCUUUCCGGGUUCGACAAGGCUAGUCUCUCGGAACGAGAGCAGUUUACCAUGGACCAUUUGGAGGACGUGCUUGAUUCGGCCGACAAAGGCUUGCACGGCAGGCGCUGGUGGCUCAAGGCCGACGAUCCGUGGCAAUGCUUGGCCGCCUGCUGUGAGCUGCGGAAUGCUCUUCGGCACGCGGAUCCCACUCAAUAUCUGUCGCGCUUGCCAAUCCACCAGGAUGGAUCCUGCAACGGACUGCAACACUAUGCCGCGCUGGGUGGUGACAAGAUUGGCGCUCAGCAGGUCAAUCUUGAGCCCUCCGACCGCCCCUCCGAUGUGUACACUGGUGUUGCCGAGUUCGUGAAGGAGGAAAUCAAGCGGGAAGCCGCUGCGGGCGACCCUCUAGCCCAAAUCCUGGACGGCAAGAUCACGCGAAAGGUGGUGAAGCAGACUGUGAUGACCAACGUUUACGGUGUGACCUUCAUGGGAGCUAUGAAACAGGUUCGCAAGCAGCUCACCGACCACUACCCCGAUCUCACCCAAGAGGUGCGGAGCAAAGGAUCUCUUUACGUUGCGCGGAAGGUGUUUGAGGCUCUGGGCACCAUGUUCAACGGUGCCCACGACAUCCAGCACUGGCUCGGCGAUUGCGCCAGUCGCAUCACCCAGUCUCUGUCCCCGCAACAAAUCGAGCACAUCGCGAAAGAGUGGGCGAUGGCGUCGGGGAAAGGCAAGGAAGAUCCCACCAAGCUGUUCCGAUCUACGGUGAUCUGGACCACUCCGCUCGGGUUGCCCGUUGUCCAACCCUACCGUGUCCGCAAGUCGCGUCGCCUGUUGACCACUCUCCAGACUCUGAGCAUCGUCGAUAACACCUCGAUGGAUGUCGUUUCCAAGCGCAAGCAGCUCCAGGCGUUCCCCCCCAAUUUCAUCCACUCGCUCGACGCCACCCACAUGAUCCUGUCUGCCAUUGCCUGCAACAAAGCCGGUCUCAGCUUCUCCGCCGUCCACGAUUCGUUCUGGACCCAUGCCUCCGAUGUCGACCAGAUGAACGAACUGCUUCGGGAAGCGUUCGUUCGCAUGCAUUCUGACGAUGUGGUGAAGCGCCUGGCCGCCGAGUUUGAUGUCCGGUACGGCCAGCACCUCUUCCUUGCCAAGCUUGAACCCGACAGCGACCUCGGGCGGGCGGUCAAAGCCCAGCGCAAGGCAGCGAAGAUCAUAGCCUCGAAGACCGGGAGGGUCACGGAGCUGAUCCGGGAGCACGAGCGCCAGACUCUUCUGAAGUCGGAAGACCCGGAACUCCGGGCGCAAGGACGCGCCAUGGUGACGCCGGCGAGCCUUUUCGAGCAGUCGGCAAGCGAGGCUGACCUGCGCAUGGUCAGUUCCCUGGGCGCGACCGGUGUGGGUCACGUCCCCACGGACCUGGCGGCGGCGGAGCGGAACCUCUCGAGCCAGUCUAUGGAGAUAGACCGAUCGGACCCGGCGAUCGAGACUCUGUUCCAGGGAUUCCACGAUGUGCUGGGUGGGACUACCGCCGAAGAAUCCUCUGUCCACGAAGAAGCAGAAGAAGGAGAAGAGAGAGAAGAAGAGCCCACCGGGCCCAAAAAACAGUCCCCCAAGUCGUACAUGUAUAUCUGGCUUCCCUUGCGGUUCCGCGCCGUCCCGACUAAAGGUGAUUGGGAUCUCUCGCGGAUCCGGGACAGCAAGUAUUUCUUCUGCUGAGAGAAGAAGACGAAGAAGCACGAUACCUUCCUUCCUCUCUGCUUUCGAUUUUUGUUGCGUCCUUGUCUCGAUAUCCCCUUGUACUUGUACAGGUCUGUUGUUCGUUUUGUUUUCUGGAGUGUACGAUCUACCACGGAGUAUUUCCUGUCUAGAUCCUGCUCUGGUUUGAUCUGUGGGUUGUUUUGUUUGUUCGGCAUCAAACGGGUGGAUGUUCCGGUGUAUAUAUGAGUUAGGGCUUUGGAGCUUGGCGUGUGCAUACUACUACUGACUGUAUACUGUAUAUAUAUAUUGAGAUAGAUGAAGUGAAUGUGAUCCUG